CUACAGAUAACUACAGAUUUGUAACGGUCUUGGCUGACGACACAGAAUAGGUUAACGGAAGAAAGAUACUACUGGAAACUUAAUUUUGUUAUGCAAAAGCUAUUAAAUUUCGUGAUAAAAAUUCACAAUGUGUUGUAAUCAGAAAUGCUUAAAGUGUGUGCAGUUGCCUUACUGUUUUUGGUGUUAUAUGUGAUAUCCUCAUUUACUUACAUAUUUACAAUUGUUGGUGCCGGUAUAUUAUUCAUAAUAUUUAACGACUUUCAUGGAAAUAUUAGUUUACUAGAUCGUUUUGUGCACAAGACUAAAACAUUUUUGUUGACAAUACUACACAAGGGUGCUCCUCCAACUAGCAAGUUUUCUGUCACAUACAAGGAUUCAUUUUGGGACAUGGAUAAAUUUAAUAAAUCGUCAUCAGGCAGUUUUUAUAACUGGAGUGAGAAAAGUGAAUGUUUUUCGCCCAUUUAUACAUCAAGAUUACUACCAAAAUAUAGAACUUUUGCUAAGGCAACUUCAACCCCUUUAAACAGUCCAAUAUCCACUCCCCCACCUGCAGAACGGCAAAGACUUUCAUUUUCAAGGAACCAUCAAGCUAAAGGUUAUGGUGAUAAUAACUAUGAGGCAUCUCCCAAGAGUACCUCCAGAACUUGGUCAAAUUUAAAUUUAAGUACUUAUGCUGAUUCAAGAAGUUAUGGAUUAGCCAGCAGAAUUGUCGAUUACAAUGCCAGAGAAGAAGAAAGAGACAAUCGUUCAACAUAUAAAGCUCAAAGAGCCUUCCCAAUUGUUAGAUUAUUUAAAAAGGAAUUACCUGUUAUUUCUGCCAAGCCAAAUACUGUUACAGUACAUAUAGCCCAGCCAGAUGCUGCUAACUAUGAGGCAGAGCAGAGGAAAUUAAUUUUACCAAGUAUAAUGCAAGAGAAACAACCACAGCCUGCAGAAAAUACAGAAACUCGCAGUGUUUUAGAUGCCCUAAAGGAGAUAUCUAGGAAAAGGAUACACCCUGAUAAUGACCUAAAUAUAAUGCAGAAUGGAACAUGUUUGUCUGUGAAACAUAGUGACAACUUUAACUUUUCUACCAACAGUAAAAGAACUAAGGAAGACUUGAGUUUACAAGAAACAAACGACGUGACAAAAAAGAGUUCCGAAAAGAAGAGAAUUGAUCCUGCCAUUCCUUAUGUGGAUCCGAUUACUGCCUCACUAACUUCUUCAGAUAAAGCUUUUGAAAGAGAAUUGCUUGGAAAAAAGAGAAAAGCAAAAAACAAUUCGUAUGAGACUCAGAAAUCUACCAAAGUUCUGAAGCUGCACAGUGUCGAGACUCAGACUACAAACGACUUGUUGUCUGAACAGGCGCCAAAAGAUAUUGAGAUGAAAAAUAGUAAAGAAGAUUCACCUGAAAUGGUUACCAAACAACAAAAUCCACCUCUUAAAGUUUUUGAUGACAAACCACUAGAAAUAAACAGAAAGAAAAGACUUGCCCUUAUCCUUGGUGCUUUGUCUGGUCAGGCACCUGAUUUUGAAAGCAUAGAGGGAUCUUCAGAAGCACAUUCAAUUUUAUCGCCAGCUAAUAAAUCGAAACAAGAAAAGCACGUUACAUUUAAUGAAACUGUUGAAAUAAGAAAAAUUGUUUCUGAUGACCUAUCAACAUCCAAAUCCCAGCAAAUACCAUUUUCAGAAUCCACGCACACCAGCGUAUCUACGUUUACCUCUUUGAAUACUCCAACUACAUUUUCCACUAUUAUAUCUGCUUCCAAUCAAGCAACAACAACUUCGACGUUUUCUCUACCAAAUCCCGUAUUAUCCUCUACUGCAAACACUUUACAAAAAGAACCUCAAAACACCCAGUUUAAAAUACAAGAUAAUUCAAAACUCGAAAUUGUCCCUCAGCCUAAAACUAGUUCAGAAGCUGACCAGACUCCGUCAUCCAAACCUGGUGGUUUUAAAUUCGAUUUAAAAGUACCAGCUUCUCAGCCCCAAACCAAUUUCUUCGCUCCCGUAGUAAGCUCUUCUUCCGAUUCAUCUGUUUUACAAUUUAAGGGUCCCACCAAUGUGACGGUUUCAAAACAAAAUUCUCCAAGUCUUUCUUCAAAACUCCCUGCGCCAAUAAUUCAAUUUUCUGGUACCACAUUUGGAUCUGCUGUCACCACAACACCUCCAAAGCUUCCUACUGUAAACAAACAAGAAACUUCAAAGAGUUCUACACCUCCUAAAUCAGAAGCAGGCCUUAACUUUAAUUUACAAGCAGGAGGUACUCAAAAAUUAGGGACACCAUCGACAUCAAAUAUGCCACCAGUAACUUUUACUCCCCCUUCAACCACAAAACCUGUUCAAUUUGGUAUGACUACCACAACCUCUUCAGUGAUGCCUUUUGGGGGAGCAUCAUUUGUCAAAAGUCCAUCAAAAUCUUCGCCAUUUGAGAAGAACGUAACUUCAAGUAUGCCACAAUCUCUAUUUAAAUCAAAUGACGCUUCAACUGCGUCUUCUUCACCUUUUGCUUUACCAACGACUUCGACUGCUCCAGCUAAGUCGCCUGGUUUUGGAGUAACAUCAUCUGCUACAAUUUCACCUUUUAGUACUCCAACAACAAAGGCUGCACCAUCAUUUGGUUCAUUUAUGACACAGUCAUCCACAACUCCUAGUGCCACACCUUCUUUCGGCUUCGUUUCAAAAACCUCUUCUCCCACUACUUCAACGUUUACUAAACCUACAACUUUUUCUUUUGGUGGUGGAAAUUCGGCACCUAGUUUUGGUACUGACAAAACUCCUUCAUUCAGUUUUGUUGGUGGUAGUAGUGGUGGUGGUGGUAUUACUGGUACUACAACUGCUGUCAGUACAAAUACUUCUACUUCUAUUGCUCUUCCAGCUUUUGGAAUAGUUACAACGACACCAAAUAUUUUUGGAAACACUCUAUCCUCCUCUUCAACCCCUUUUAAAGGUACUACUGGUACCGUAAGUUUUGGAGGUGUUACCGCUCCAACAGCAACUACUUCGUCCUUCGGUACUGUGGUCGUAACUACGUCGUCUACUUUUGGUAAUAGUAGUACUGGUACUAGUUUUACAUCUGGCUCCAAGUUUUCCCAACCUGGGUUCGGUUCCUCAAACCCAACUACGAGUACUACAUGUGGUUCUAAUACGCAGGCAUUACCCGUUUUUGGUAGAAGUACUCAGGCACGUUCAACAUUUGAUUCCAGUACUACUUCAGCAUUUGCACCAAAUACCACUCAGUCAUCAUUAGCGUUUAGUUCAGCUCCCACCUUUGGUGCAAACACAUCAUUUGGAGCGAAUUCACAACCAACACCAACCUUCGGUUCCAACACUCACGCGUUUGGUUCUUCUACAUUACCAGCUACUUCUUCAGUUUUCGGUAGUUCUUUUGGUUCUGGAACUUCUGCUCCUCCUACUACUGCUCCUACUUUUGGUUCUGCUGUGACGCAAACGUCUGCUUCUACAUUUGGCAAUCCCAAUGCAACAUCAACUUUUGCUUCGGGUGCAUUUGGAGGAAAUGCAUUUGGACCUAACACUACUCAAACUGGUUUCGGUUCUAGUACUGCUACUGGCUUUGGAUCGACUGCUACCCAAGCAGGUUUUGGUUCUACUCCUCAAUCUGGCUUUGGUUCAACUAAUACACAUUCAGGUUUUGGUUUAACUCCUCAAUCAGCCUUCGGAUCUGCUCCUCAAUCAACAUUUGGUGCUUCAACAACCCAAGCAACUGGUUUUGGCUCGAAUACACAACAACCAUUUGGUUCUGCCCCACAAACAAGUUUUGGUUCUAGUCAGCAACCUGCUGCAUUUGGAUCGCCAAACACCCAAACUGGUUUUGGUGGAACUGCCCCCCCACCAUUCGGUUCCAGUACUCAGCCUGCAUUUGGUGCAACGACUCAAUCACAGUCUUUCUCAUUUGGUAGUGUUUCCGGGGUUUCUAACCCGUCUACUGGUGUGUUCUCUUUUGGAUCAGUCAACGAUCCCAAUAAACCAGUUCCUAAUUUUUCUGCAGGUUCCAAUUUCGGUGCGCCACAACAACCCUUUAACGUCCCAAACUUUAACGCUCCCGCACCAGGGAUGUUCAGCAUCGGUUCGGGAGGAUCUAAUACUGCGAAAUCUCGAAGUGGGCGGUCACGACGACGUGUAUGAUUUUUAUAGGAAUAUUAAUAUAUUGUUUUAUUAUAAUUUUAUUUUGAAUUUGUCUAAAUCAAUUAAUAGUAAAGAAAUAUAUUAUGUAAACUUAUUGUCUAAACUGUAUCAUGUUUCAAUAGUUACUGGAUAUUCCUCUGUGAUAGACUGAUAAUGUUUUUUUUGUUUUAUGCUCAUUUUAACAAUGUCCUGUAAAUUCUGUAGGAAUAAAUUAUAUUUAAUUAAUUUCGCGUUUCUUUGU